AUGGAGGAUCUCUCGGAUCUUGGAGACCGCGGCCACCUGGGUGCUGCCAGGCGGCCCGCGGCGCCAUCACUUCCGUCCUCUUCUAAAGUCUCCGUGCAAGUCUACACCGUCCCAAGCAGCUCAACUGCCGGCGGUGAAGCAGCCCGAGCUCAAGGAGGUGUUGCACCAAUGAUCCAUGCGUCGUCUAGCGUCGGUGGCCAUGGCGGCCGCGCUGCUGAUCUAGACCCCAUCAAGGCCAAGAUCGUCUCCCACCCUCGUUACCACCGCCUGCUCGCCGCCUUCUUGGACUGCCACAAGGCACACGACCCGAUCGAUGUCCCUUCAAUUUUCACGCGCGUGCACGUCGGCUGCCCGCCGGAAGCGGCCGAGGAGAUCGCGGCGGCGGCUCGGGAGCGCGAGGCGUGGCAGCGUGCAGCCGUGGGCGACGCGCACAAUACAAGGCCGGACCCGGAGCUCGACCAGUUCAUGGAGUCUUACUGCGAGCUGCUUGUUGCGCGGAAGGACGAGCUGACCCGGCCGCUCCGGGAGGCCAAUGAGUUCCUGACGACGGUGGAGUUGCAGCUCAACUCCAUUACCAACACCGGGUCACCCAUGGGAGCUCUCAUCUCUCCAGCUGCAGAAGAUGAGACUGGAGUAGAUAUGUCCGACGAUGACCAAGAAGAAGGCAGCGGCGGCAUGGAGGCAGAAGCAGCCCUCGGCAUCGACCCUUGCUCCGAUGACAAGGAGCUCAAGAAGCAGCUCCUCAGGAAAUACAGCGGGUGUUUGGGCAACCUGAGAAAGGAGCUGUCCAAGAAGAGGAAGAAAGGCAAGCUCCCCAAGGAGGCCCGGCAGAAGCUGCUCAGCUGGUGGGAGCUGCACUAUGGAUGGCCCUACCCCUCGGAAAUGGAGAAGAUCUCACUGGCGGAGUCGACGGGGCUGGAGCAGAAGCAGAUCAACUACUGGUUCAUCAACCAGCGGAAGCGGCACUGGAAGCCGUCGGAGGAGAUGCAGUUCGCGGUCAUGGAUGGGUUCCACCCGGCGCCGGCGAACGCCGCCGCGCUCUUCGUCGACGCACGCCUCGUGGGAGCAACGCCGGCGAUGUUCUAUGCCCGGCCGGAUCAUGGGCCUCAUCAUGGCCUCUGGCACAAUUGA